GAAAACGCUGACAGAAUGAAGCCUCGGUUUCUUUCCGCGCUGCAGCGCAAUGACGCCGAAGAUGUGGACGAAAUCCUCCGCACCACCAACUUCGAUAUCGACACGGUGUUCGACGUGGAGGACCGAGGAAGAAUACUGGCGUCCUAUAAGCAAGGUUACUGGCUACCAGACUAUAAGCUGGAGUCUUCCUGGGCGAUGGGCAUUCACAUAUGUAUGCUGCACAAUGCGGUGGAGAGUGCCUUGGUGCUUCUGCAGAGGGGAGCAGCUGUGAACAGGAAGCCCAAUGGGAAAACACCCCUGCAUGUGGCUUGUGAAUUGUCUCAUGCUGACUGCGUGGCUCUACUGCUCAACUGGGGGGCAAAGAUCAACGGCAUGUCCCUGAGUGGACACACCCCACUGCAUUACUGCAGUACACAGGAGUCGGUGGAGUGUGCCAGACAGCUGAUACUUAAAGGAGCAGAUGUGAACAGACCGAGCCAGAACACCGACGAAGACAGUCCACUACACAUAGCUGCACGCCUCGGUAUACCUGGGCUGGUUGGCCUUUACGCUGCGCACCGUGCUAAUGUAAAUGUUCCCAAUGCCCGUAUGGAGACCCCUUUAAUCACUGCUGCAUUCUGGGCUAUGGAUACCCGUGAACAGACGUAUAGUGAGAAGCAUCAUCUUGUGUGCCGCAUGUUGCUGGACUAUGGGGCUAAACCAAACAUCCAAGAUGAAGACAAAAAAACAGCCCUUCACAAAGCCUCAUGGAACUGUGACCAAGCACUGAUGCAGAUUCUGCUUGAGGCCGGGGCUGAUCCCAAGAUUAUGGACAUGAACGGUUGUGCACCGAUUCAAUACGUGCUAAAUAUGGGGCAGAUGCGUCCUUACUGUGUACCAUAUCGCUGCUUCCAGCUCCUGCUUAACUAUGGAGCACCUAGAGUCUACCCAAAACAAUUCCACAAGGUGUUGCAGCUGAGCCAUGAUGACCCCAGGACAGUCGAGGUGAUGGCAAAUUCCUAUGAGCAUCUCACGAGUACCCCAAAAUGGAGAGCAGCUAUUCCUGAAACAACAUACAAGAGCCACACAAGGUUUUAUGACUCAUUGUUUGCUGCCUGCACAAGUCCACGUUCUCUGCAACACCUGGCCAGAUGUGCCAUCCGCAUGGCGAUGUGCUGCUGCAUUGAAUCGGGUGUCAGAAGACUUAAAUUACCUCCAUCAAUCAAACGAUACAUUCUGCUCGAACCAGUGGGAAUCAUAUACUAGUCACUGUAUUAGGCAAAGGUGAAGUUACAACAUGUCUAUCUUAAGUACAUGAACCCUGCUGGAAUAUGCAGUAAGUGGUUUUAGAAAGAUUUUGCAGCUUGCGCUGAAGCUGAUGUUUUGUGAACACACUAUAUUAAUAUUUUGAGUUAAAGAUUAAUUAAGAAUACUGGAGAAUGAUUGCUGAGAUUUGAUCUCAACAACCAAACAAAUACAAAUUAUGCACCAAACCCACUGCUAGUGUUUUUAAUUAUUCUUGACUAUUAAACCCUUUGCUAGGCAACUACCAAGAUAUAUAGCGAACAACAAUUAAUGUAAGCCAACAAGUUGCUACUGCAAAGCGAAUAUGUAAGCAUAUGACAGGACGAGACAGUUCUUUUCCCCCCUUGUUCAUAUAUCCUUAUUACUUUUUGGUUGCUCAGACUUUCAUCUCAUUGAUUAGUAAAAUCAAGCACAUUAUCUUUGGUAGUUCUCUUUGAACAGAACUUCACUUACGGUACACCUAAAUUUUAGUGCAUAAUAAUCAACCUUAUUCAUGUCUGCUUUUCCUAGUCUGUCCUGUACUUUCUGUUGACAUCAUGUGACCGCUUCUGAUGUCCUUCUAUUCUGCUCAGCAUUGGCUUUUUGUCCUUUCCUUUUUGUCAUUGGAAAGGGUGAGCCUAGAAUGCCCAUUAUCCUGUCACC